ACAAAUAGAUUCUAAUUUCCGAUUAAAACGACUCUGUUUAUCCAGGAUUCUCCCGUGUCUCCCUUCCCUUCUUGUUUCUCCUUCAGAUUCUCUCUGCACCGAACCAGUAAUAAAAAGUGUAUCAAUCAAUCAUCAAAAUCUUUCCUGAAUUUGUCUUCUUCAAUGGGUACUCAAGAAGAUGACAGGCUGCUCUUGGAAGAGGGACUUGUUCAGAAUGAAAGCAAUGGACUAUAUACUGGAGAUGGUUCAGUAGACAUCAAUGGAAAACCUGUUCUAAAAAGCAACACAGGAAACUGGAGAGCAUGUCCAUUCAUUCUUGGUACUGAAUGUUGUGAACGCUUGGCCUACUAUGGGAUUUCUACUAAUCUUGUUACUUAUCUCACCAAAAAGAUGCAUGAAGGAAAUGUUUCAGCCGCAAGAAAUGUCACAACUUGGCAGGGCACUUGCUAUUUAACUCCGCUUAUUGGGGCAGUAAUAGCAGAUGCAUGUUGGGGAAGAUACUGGACAAUUGCUACCUUCUCCACUAUUUAUUUCAUUGGAAUGUGCACAUUGUCUCUCUCAGCGACAGUUCCUGCUUUUCGGCCUGCUGAAUGUGUGGAUUCUGUAUGCCCUUCAGCUACUCCUGCUCAGUAUGCCAUAUUUUUUAUUGGCCUAUAUUUGAUAGCACUUGGAACUGGUGGGAUCAAACCAUGUGUUUCAUCAUUUGGUGCUGAUCAAUUUGAUGAUACAGAUCCAAAGGAGAGGGCCAAGAAGGGGUCCUUUUUUAAUUGGUUUUAUUUCUCAGUCAACAUAGGGGCUUUUGUUUCAAGUAGCUUGAUUGUCUGGAUUCAAGAUAAUGCUGGGUGGGGCCUUGGUUUUGGCAUUCCUGCUGUGGUUAUGGCCAUUGCUAUUGUGAGUUUCUUUUCUGGCACUCCUCUUUAUAGGUUUCAGAAACCUGGAGGAAGCCCAAUCACAAGGAUGUGCCAGGUUUUGGUGGCUUCAUGUCGUAAGUGGAGUUUGCCUGUUCCGGAGGAUAGUAAUCUUCUGUAUGAGACACAAGAUGAAUUCUCGGCAAUUGAAGGAAGUAGAAAGCUGUUUCACACUGAUGAAUUAAAAUGCCUUGAUAAAGCUGCUGUAAUAUCAGAAGCUGAGAUCAAAACUGGUGAUUUGUCCAAUCCUUGGAAGGUUUGCACAGUUACUCAGGUUGAGGAACUGAAGAUCUUAAUCCGGAUGUUUCCCAUCUGGGCAACAGGAAUAGUGUUUUCUGCUGUUUAUGCUCAAAUGUCAACCAUGUUUGUGGAGCAGGGGAUGAUGAUGGAUACUUCGAUCGGUUCCUUUACAAUUCCUGCAGCUUCUCUUUCAACAUUUGAUGUUAUCAGUGUGAUCUUUUGGGUUCCAGUCUAUGACAGGAUCCUUGUCCCCAUUGCUAGAAAGUUUACUGGCAAGGAAAGGGGAUUUACAGAACUGCAACGGAUGGGAAUUGGUCUUUUUGUUUCUGUUUUCUGCAUGGCUGCUGCCGCUGUGGUGGAGAUUAAGCGACUGCAACUUGCAAGAGACCUUGGACUUGUUGAUGAAGCUGUUGCAGUCCCGCUUAAUAUCUUUUGGCAAGUACCUCAAUAUUUCUUAUUGGGGGCUGCUGAAGUUUUUUUCUUCAUUGGUCAGCUUGAGUUCUUCUAUGACCAAUCGCCAGAUGCCAUGCGAAGUUUGUGCGCAGCCUUGUCACUUCUGACAACUUGUUUGGGAAAUUACUUGAGCGCUCUCAUUCUGACCGUAGUUACAACCAUAACCACUAGAGGAGGAAAAUUUGGAUGGAUUCCAGAUAACUUGAAUGAGGGCCAUCUUGAUUAUUUCUUCUGGCUCUUGGCUGGUCUAAGCUUCUUGAACAUGGUCAUCUAUAUCUUUUGUGCCAAAGCAUACAGGUCAAAGAAAGCUACUUAAGGAAUCUGGAAGGUGAUCCACAUUGCCAAUUCUGUAAAAAGGUCUCCACGGAUGGAUUUGGUUCGUGGUUUUACUCUUAAUCGCCAUGUUGUUCCAGUAUUGCUAUAACAACAUAAAGGACCUUUUGUACCAUAUACUAGAAAAAGAAUUUGCUCAAACUAGGUAAUUAUACUCUUGAUGUAUCCAGACAAAGCAAGUCAAAUGGCUUUUAUUGGUGUACUGUCUAUUUACUUCUGCAUUGGCUGUAAUGGGAUUUGUAGUUGGUGGUGGUUAUUAUGUUUGAAAUUGGUCUAGCAAACUUUGAAUAGACUUGGUCAUGAUCAUGUUGAAGGAUCUGGAGUUCUGCA